AUGUGCCAACAUGUUGAUUCGACAGAGGCCAUUCCGAGUUUUGUUGCAAUUAGCAUAGCUUUAAUCUGUGAUGGAUACAUUGGCAAUCUUCAGGAGAUGGCAAUGAAGAGACACAACAUACCCGCUCUUCAAAUCCUCACCUACUCCUAUGCGUUUGGUUUCGGUCUCAUGGUACUCAUUAUACUCUUUACUGGUGCUUUUCCUACCUCCACUGUCUUAUUUCAGGACUUUGGGAGCACAUUCGUGUGGAGUACUCUCUUCGCACUGUCUGGAUACCUUGGCUUGCAAUUCGUUUUACUCCUGGUUAAUCACUUUGGAGCUCUACUGGCUGUUACUGUGACAACUCUGCGAAAGGCUGUGACUAUCGUUCUCUCCUUCCUACUCUUUCAAAAGCCCUUCUCUGUUGAAUAUAUUUGGUCUGGGGGUUUGGUAGUAAUAGGAGUACUCCUCAGCACAUACUCCAAGUCGCACAGUAGCAAAGCCAAAGCCAAGGAAGAGGCGAAGGAGUUAGAAAAGAAAGAAGAUUAUCAAAUUGUAUAA